AUGGUGGACGGUGAGAAUAAUAAAAGUACUCUAGAUACCGUACAAGUUGCUCUGCGAAUCAGGCCUCUUAUGCAGCAAGAAAUUGAACGUGGGUGUGAUGAGUGCAUUGACGUCGUUUCUGGAGAGCAGCAAGUUCAAAUCAAAGAUCUCGCCUUCACAUAUAAUUACGUAUUUGCACAACAUAUAACACAACAGGAGUUUUAUGACACUGCAGUCAAAGGUCUCAUAGGAAAAUUGUUUCAAGGUGUGAUACCACAGGCAGUGGCUGACAUAUUUGAUUUUAUUGAAACUCAUGAAGAUAAAUUCAUUUUCAAAGUAACUGUCUCCUUCAUGGAGCUUUAUCAGGAACAGUGUUAUGACUUACUAUCGGGCAAGGAAAGAGCCCACAGUAUAAUAGAGAUCAGGGAAGAUAUCAACAAAGGUGUCCACUUGCCUGGUAUCACAGAACUACCUGUAACCUCUACCAUGGAAACAAUGAUGGUAUUGGAGAAAGGGUCCAUUGGGCGAGUGACCGGCUCAACGGCUAUGAACCAAGCUUCAAGUAGAAGCCAUGCUGUUUUUACAAUUGUCAUAGCUAAGGAAAGUCGUACUGAUAAGAAUAUUGCAACUACUUCCAAGUUCCACUUGGUGGAUCUAGCGGGUUCAGAGCGAAUAAAAAAGACGAAAGCGAGUGGUGAAAGGCUAAAAGAGGGUGUUAAGAUAAAUCAAGGCCUGCUCGCACUUGGCAACGUCAUAUCGGCACUUGGUGAUGGGACCAACAGGAGUUUCAUCAGUUACAGAGAUAGCAAACUUACUCGUCUACUACAAGACAGUCUCGGGGGAAACUCCUUAACGCUGAUGGUAGCAUGCGUGAGUCCGGCCGACUAUAACUUAGACGAGACCGUUUCGACCCUGAGGUAUGCCGAUCGCGCGCGUCGAAUCCGCAACAAGCCCAUCAUAAACCAAGACGCGAAGGCUGCCGAGAUUGUGAGAUUGAACAACUUGGUCAAUGAACUGAGACUGCAAUUAUUGGGGAAACUACCGACGAUAUGUGAAGAGAGCAAUGAGAAGUUACAAGACGAGCUUGAGAGGGAGAAAGCGAAAUACGCGGAGUUAUUGAAGAAACACAAGCAAGUGACCGAGCACCUGAGCAAUAUGUUGAUUGAGAACACCAAUUUGUGCGAAAAGGCACUCUUGGCGGAGGCCGCAAAGGACAAAAUCGAGCGAAAGUUAAACGAGCUCACGGAGCAGUGCAAUCAGACGAUAGAGAAUUUGAACACCACUGACAAAGCCCCAGACGAGGAACGUAGGAACAGCGUCGUCGAUUAUCUGAAGGAAAUCAAGUCUAGAUUGGAGGAUCUGCAAUCAGUUAAUAUGAAGACCAAUGAAGAGUUGAUCGACCAUGAGAUUAAGUUGUCAUUUGUAAACGAGGACAGUGAAACUGACAAAGUGGAUGAGGAGCUACUUCUGAACGAAGAUCAAGCAGUGAUGGAGGAGGAGAAACGGGCGAUGGGCCAGGUUGCAUUGAACCAAGAAUUGCAGGAGUUGAACCGGGCCAUGGCUAUUAAGGCCUCUGUCGUCCAAGCGAUCCUGGCCAACAACAAAGAGAUGCUAGAUAGCCACAAUAACCUGAAAGAGAAUGAGGAGAAGAUCGCGCACUUGGAAAAGGAGCGGGAUGAGCUUAUGCAACAGUUGAAACAGACUAAGAGUAAGGACCCAUCACACGAGGAGCGUCGCACCAAAGUGUCCGCUCUGGAGGCGGAGAUAUCGGAGCUGAAGAAGAAAUGCCAGCAGCAGGCGAACAUCAUCAAGACGAAAGAGAAGAACGAGGCCAAGAUCGCAUCGCUCAAUGCCGAACUGCGGGCUAUGAAAGCGACUAAGGUGAAAAUAAUCAAGCAAAUGCGCGAGGAGAGCGAGAAGUUCCGCAAAUGGAAGGCGGACAACGAGCGCGCCAUGCUGCGGCUGCGGAACGAGGACAGGAAACGCGCCACCGCCAUGGCCAAGAUGGAGUCGCUGCACGCGAAGCAGCAGAACGUGCUCAAGCGCAAAAUGGAGGAGGCGGUCGCGGUCAACAAACGCCUGAAGGAAGCGCUAGAGCGUCAGAAACAGUCGCAGAUGAAGCGAAACGCAAAAGGAAGUGUGAAGGCUGGUGCGGUGCAGCAGUACAUUGAGCAAGAGCUGGAAGUACACCUCAGUAUUGUGGAGGCUGAGAAGUCGCUGGAAGAACUCAUGGAGUAUAGAGCAUGGAUAACAGAGCAAAUAGAAAAUCUCAGAAAUAGUACUGACGACGAAGGGAACAGAAAGAAGAUUGCCGAGCUAGAGGACGAUCUAGCAAUGCGGAAGGCGCAGAUAUCAGAUCUACAGCAGAAGAUAUUGACUGCGGAUCAAGAGAACAAAUCGCGGACGCAAUGGGACAACAUCCAGUCGAUGCUGGAGGCCAAGGUGGCGCUGAAGUGCCUCUUCGAAUUGCUGGUGGACACGAAGCGGGAGCUGCAGAACCAGAGCGAUAAGGGCUUCCAGGCCCGCUACGAGGAGAUCAAGGAGGCGCACGACAGGCUGGCGGUGGAGUACGAGAGCAGCAAGACCGAGUUCGAGAGGCAGCUGGCCAUGGUCAAGAUGCAGAGCGAACAGAAGUUGAGCGCUUUGGUGGCCCUCCAACGCGGCGUCGUGGGCAGAGGGGACAAGAGCGAAGCGUGCAAACAUUUACAGAAUGUGAUUCAGUACCAACAAGAUCGCUUGGAACUAGUGGAACAAGAAAAUAAAAAGUUGGCCGACGAACUAGAACAGUUGCGCUCGGCAGGCAAAAAGGCCAAGAAGCGAAGCAAAAACGACACAGAGACCAAGAAGGUGGAAUAUGUCGAGCCCACUGACGAAGAGGAAGAUGAGUUUGAAGAUCCGGAGAAAGAUCCUGACUGGAGAGCCACACCGCUUUUCAAGCGUAUUCAGGCGCAGCGCUCUCGGCUGACGAUGAACUUCUCGAGCGGCGAUGCGGAGGCGCGCGCCGCGAAGCGCGGCAGCGACGGCGCGCCGCACUGCACCUGCCGCGGCUCCUGCUCCACCAAGAUGUGCGGCUGCGUCAAGGCGGCGCUCGGCUGCGGCGCCGCGUGCCGCUGCCAGCCCGCGCUCUGCCGCAACCGCCGCGCCUCCUCCGACUCCGACGACAAGGAGAACAACCCUUCAGUUUCCGAAUACAGCGCUCUAGACACGACACCGCCUUCCUAUUUCGACAAACGAAGUCACCUUGACGCCACCUAUGUAAAGAAGAAGAAGAGUUAUUUCUUCCCGGAAGACGAAAAC